AUGGGCCCCCCACCAUCUCCGAAGGAACCUCGACGCUCCGGACGUCGUCCUGCACCAUCCUCCAGCAAGUCCCCUGCCGGCUCGCCACCGUCGGAGGCCAACCCCGCCGCCACUAAGCCCAAGGACGCCCCUGGCCGUCCCUCGUCAAAUUCCUCACACAGCAACGGUUCCGUCCGGAACAAACGCGCGAAAAACGAAGAUCUCGACGAGCCUCUCGAAGAGCUACACAAGAACGGUGUCAACACCAACGGGGGGUCGCUGCGCUCCAAGCGCAAGGGCAAGGACAAGGAGAAGAUUGCCCUUGUCGUGGAGAUCCCCAACAACGACAACGACGGCGGCCUCGAGGCCGUCGCCGACGACGGUGCGGAGGAGAACGGGGAGGACGAGGAAGAGGGGGGAGUCACGCGUUGUAUCUGCCAGAAAUACGGUGUGUCCCGUCGCGUCGAUCGCCCCGAAACGUAUUGCCAAUCCUCCCUGUCAGGUGAGGAGGAGAACGAACAGGGAGAGUUCAUGGUCCAAUGCGAGAUAUGCAAGGCCUGGCAGCAUGGACAAUGUAUGCACUACGCAGCCGCUGACCUCGUGCCGAAUCACUACUUCUGCGAGGAGUGCCGACCAGAGCUGUGGGUCGAAGUCGUAAAGGACUGGGCCGUCAAGCAUGCUCGACAAUCCUCAUCGCACUCUUACCCUCCCACUACGCCUCUUGUCGCCAACGCGCCCCGAAACUCUCGCUCCCACUCGCCGGCCGUACACAAGACCACUAAACGGCGGAACACGAUGAACAGCCGCGAUGCCGCCUACGAUGAAGAGACGCUCCAAGCGCUCAUCGACCUUCCCAAGACCGAAUACGAUCUACCACCUCGUACGCCGAUAUCGGCGGUGAGCGCGAACGGAGGCCUGAAUGGCCACGCAGAGCCGGAGCACGAGAUCGAGAUGCAGGUCAACCACAAGAAGAAGCGGAAGAGGAGUGAUGACGACGCCGCCUCUGUCAAAAGAACGCGAUCUGCGUCGGUUACCUCUGAUAGACCCCCGCCGUCUGUGCUCGCACGCGACGCGACGCCGCUCAGCGUGAGCAAGGGCCCCGCUGGACCUUCGUCAGGCGCACCAGCGCCGCGCGCGCCGAAUGGACGCAACAAGCGGGCAGGUGGGCGGAAGGGGCAGGGGCAGGACGUCGCGUCCGUCGACGGCGAAGAAGUAGCAAGCGCUGCGCCGACACGCAAAGCCAGCAGCCGCGCCAAAGCCAACAACAGCUCCGAGCACACCACCAGGCGAGCACAAGCCAACGCUAGCGGCGCCGCGGCCGGUAACUCCGCCGCCUCGCGCGCGUACCACCACUCCCAUGCAUACGCUGUCUCCCAGCAACCGCUGUUCACGUCGUGGAACCUGCCAGACUAUCUCGCUCACCUCGAGCCUAUGCUUCCUACCGACGUUCCUCGUCCAUUAGAAGUCCGUGGUUCCGUGCUCGACGGCAAUGGUCGCGAGUCGCAGGACCGGACCGCCGAACGGGGCGUGAAGGUCAAAUGGCCCAGCAAGCGUAUGAGCGUUGGUGAUAUGAACAAGCGUGUUCGAUCGCUCGUAGAGUGGGUAGGGCGCGAGCAGGCGGCGGCGAUGGAGCGGACGCGACGGAAAGAGGCGCUGGAGAAGGCAUUGCAGGCGCACCAGAGGGCUGCUGCCGGUGACAUGGACGUCGACGCCAGCAUAGCCGACGGCGCUCCUGCACCGGAGAAUGGGCUGUCGACGGCGAACUCUGCACCUCCUCCGCUCGCGGAGGUGAUGACAGGAGGAGGCGGCGAGGACACUACCAUGAGAAUGAUGGAGGAGCUCAUGGAGGAGCUGAUCCGGUUCCAGGAACGGUUUGGGCCUGGGGCGAAGGCGAAGGAGCGCGAUCGGCGAGCGGGAACGCUGUGA